GCACCAUUUCCUUUCCUCGUCGAUCAAGCGCCCGCUUCUCUCAAUCGAAGGCACAAGCGCGGCUCUCUCUCCUGCUCCAUCUGAGGAAAGCUUCUCCUUCUGCUGCAUCGGAUCGAGAUAUCAAAGACGGCUUCGGAAAGGAUCACUAGUUUUCAAACUCUAAUUCAAUCACUCUGGCCGGCACUGAGGUGAUUCCUCGCAUCAUUCUGAAGGUGUGGACUGAGGAGGACGCUGCCUUUCCAGUCUUCCCCACUGUCCUUGUUUGGCUCAUUCAUUGUUCGGAAAAAGGAUACCUGAUUGACAACGGUUGACAGGAGAAUCAGUGAAAGAGACUUGUAUAGCUUUAGUCUGUACCGGUUUGUUCGUGAUUGUAGAAGAAAAGUUAUUUACUCCUUUGUUGAUCUGUUAGUACCUGCAAAGAUGGCGAGGUUCAAUUGCUUCUCUAGUCUUCUCAUCCCAAAGAAGAAGAAAUCUGAUAAAUCCAUUAAUCCACGCAAUGCCAGAAGGUUUAACAUUAUGAGAGAUUUGCAUGCUAAAGCAAAAUCAGUUCAUCCUUCUCUUGAUAAGGGAACAAAAGAGGCAUCUUUUGAGCAGAAAAACCCUUCAACGAGGAGUGUGGUAGAGAGUGAAAGCAAGGAUGGUGCUUUGAUUAAGAAUCCAGAAGUGGUUGAGGUGGCUUAUGAAGGAAGUGAAGAGCAUGAUGACGUUCAAUCAAUAAAGAGAGACUUCUCUGUUAUUGAUUUCCAGGCACUAGCUGGAGAGAAAGGUGAACUUGAAUCACCCGAUUUUAAUCUAGAAUGCCGUGUCAAAAUGAGGGAGUAUAAUUCCGAGAAAAAUGAGAGGAUCACUCCUGAGAUGCUGAUUGAAAGUGGACACGUGAGUGAUCCUGGAAUGGAAAAGACAAUGGCUUUUUGGGUUUCUCCUUUGCUGAAGCGAUCAUGCUCCAUGAUCGAAAGAAAGAGAAACGGUAAGUUGUCUAUAUCACUUUCCAAGUCUCUUCCCUACGAAGAUCUGCACAAUUUGCCUGGACACGGCAUUGGAGAAUCACAUGACAUUUUAGGCAGCCCUUUGUCAGUACUAACCUCUUGUAGUGCCGACAAGGUAAUACUAAAGAAGGUAUCUUCAAGUCAGGUGCUUCCCUCAAGAAGCAGGAAGCUCUGGUGGAAGCUUUUCAUUUGGAGUCAUAGGAAUCUCCAAAGGUCUUGGACCUUAAAACCAGAGAGGGAAGUCCUUCCAGGGGGUGCCUCAAACCAGAAAGAUGGUUACUGGUCCAAUACACUUCAGUCAAGUCCUAUUGUUGACAUAAAGAAGAAGAAACCAAUGGAAGAGUCAGAAAUUGCUGCUGGUUUAUGGCCUCAGAAUCAAUGGAUUGCUUUUUGUGCAGAAUCCUCUUCUUUAGACAAAGUUAAUGCUUGGGUCCAUAGUCUUGAGGAAGGCCCCUUUUUCCCAAUUGAAAAUGGUGAAAUAUCAUCUGGCGCUAAUUGUGAGAUAGCUUCGGCUAGGGUGAGGAAGCAUUCACAAAAGAACCACACUCAUAUUGCCAAGCAUGCUUUGGAGGAAAUUGUGCAGGCCAACAACAUCAUUGGAUCUCUCAAUUCCUUGCAUUCAAUGGCCCAUAUUUCUGGUAUGGGCUUAAAAGUUAUACCUGGAAUUUCAGCUUUCACUAGCCUUCGAGUAGUCAAUUUAUCAAACAAUUUCAUAGUUCGAGUUACACCUGGAUCGUUACCUAAGAGCCUUCAUACACUUGAUUUAUCAAGGAACAAGAUUUCCACAAUUGAAGGUUUCAGAGAGUUGAUGAAGCUAAGGGUACUAAAUCUUAAUUACAAUAGAAUCCUGCGGAUUGGUCAUGGACUGUCAAACUGCAUUCUCAUAAAAGAGCUAUACCUUGUUGGCAACAAGAUCAGUGAAGUAGAAGGACUCCACAGGCUUUUGAAGCUUACUGUUCUUGAUCUGAGCUUCAACAAGAUCACCACAGCAAAAGCCUUUGGCCAACUUGUUGCUAACUAUAAUUCCCUCUUAGCUCUCAACCUACUCGGGAAUCCGAUUCACACCCAUAUCGGGGAUGACCAGCUCCAAAAGGUGGUCUGCAGCCUCCUUCCCCAUCUUGCCUACCUCAACAAGCGGCCGCCUAAGUCCCACAGGUCAAGGGAGGUGGUAACUGAUAACGUCACCAAGGCUGCACUUAGGAGCACUGAUUGGAAUUCUCGGAAACGAUCAACAAGGUGUGCAGUGCUCAGUUCAAGCUCUGUGACUAAGGGGGUCACUAAUGGGAGUGAGCAAAAGAACAGACACAGAUCAAAGAGCAGGCGGCAGCACUCAUCUUCGACCCAAAAAUAGCUACAAAAAUAUCUGUUACAGAGGCACUAAUCUUCAUGCAUGUUUGUUGAAUAAGCUGUUUCUGUUUGACCUUAAUUUGAAGAGUGACAAAUAAGAAGCUUGCAUGGAUCAUGUACUUUUGAUGAUUAGAGAAGAGUCAGAAUGCAAUUCAAAACUCAAAACAAUUGGGAAUA